AUGAAAUAUUCAACGGGUACUGGCUCUAUUCCGCAGAGUGUCGCUGCCUGUGAUUUCAAUAGUGACCUUCGACAAGACUUGGCAGCGGCAAAUUUCGGAACUAACAAUAUCGUAAUAUUUUUCGGAACGGGCACUGGAACUUUUAUAUUUCAAACAAUCAUUUCUACUGAAUCUUCACGCCCACUUAAUAUCAUUGCUGAUGAUUUUAAUAAUGACGGUCAAUGUGAUAUUGCCACCGUCAAUUAUGGAACUAACAGUAUUGGUAUUUUUCUUGGUUACAGAAAUGGAAAUUUCUCAAGUCAGGUCACUUUUUCUACUGGCUAUGAUUCAUUCCCAAUAUCACUUGCCAAAGGUCAUUUCAACCAUGAUAAUGCAGUCGAUAUUGUCGUGGCUAAUUAUGCCACUAACAACAUUGGAUUGUUUCUUGGUUAUGGUAACGGAUCGUUUCGAAUUCAAAUAAUACUUACAACUAAUGCAAAUUCUCAUCCAUACUUCAUUGCUGUAGCAGAUUUUAAUAACGAUUCCAGACUCGACAUUAUCGUUGCCAACAAAGGUAGUGAUAGUGUCAGUAUACUUUCAGGACAUGGAAAUGGAAGUUUCUCAGUGCCAACUAGUUAUUAUAUCGGCAACAAUGCUUCACCACAAUCUGUCGCUAUUGGAGAUUAUAACAAAGAUAACCAACUAGAUGUCAUCGUAGCCAAUUAUGGAACUUCUGAGUUAGUUCUGUUACUUGCUAAUGGCGAUGGGACUUUUCGAAAUCCAACAAUCUUUUUCACACAAUAUGCAUUUUAUCCUUAUUCAGUCGCCGGUGCUGACUUCAACAAGGAUAGUAGAACAGAUAUCGCCGUGGUCAAUCAUGAAACCAGCAUGCUAUUCACUAUUCUUUCAUCUGACUAUCACAGCUUGUCAAAUGCAACCAAAUAUUCAAUUGAAAAUGGUUCUCAACCAAUGUCGAUAGUCAUUGCUGAUUUCAACAAUGACAAAACUUUAGAUAUAGCCGUUGCCAACCAAGGAGAUUCCACUGUUAAUAUUCUACUUGGGUAUAGUGAUGGUACUUUUUCAAGUAAAACAGCAUAUUCCACUGGCGUUGGCUCUCAGCCGUCAUCAAUUACAGUAGGCGAUAUCAAUAACGAUAAACUAAUGGACAUAAUUGUUACAAACUAUUUGGAUGACAAUGUUGGUGUUUUUCUUGGAUAUGGCAACGGUACCUUUUCAAAUCAAACAAUAUAUUCAACUGGUAGUUUUUCUAGGCCAAUGUCAAUUGCUACUGGUGAUUUUAACGGUGAUAACCGAUUAGAUUUGUCCGUUGCCAACUCGAAGACUAAUAAUAUCAUUGUUCUUCUUGGAUGUGGCAACGGCACGUUUUCAAAUCAAAUGUUCUAUUCAACUGGCGAUAACUCGAAGCCAUUAUCAAUCGCCAGUGGCGAUUUUAAUGGCGAUAAUCUAUUGGAUUUGACCGUCGCCAAUUCAAGGGCUGGCAAUAUCGGUGUUCUUUUUGGAUAUAGCAACGGAACUUUUUCCAAACAAAUAAUUUACGCAGUUGGUAGUGGUGCUGGCCCAACCUGUGUCGCUGUUUAUGAUUUCAACAACGACAGUUAUUUGGACAUCAUCGUUGCUCUUUGCUUUACUGACAGUGUAGGUAUUUUUCUGGGAUAUGGCGAUGGUUCCUUUCUCAACCUGAAGAUCAUUUCUAGUGGUUCUAGCUCGAGACCAGCCUUUGUAACCGCCGGUGAUUUCAAUAAUGACAAUCGAUUAGACAUUGUGGUUGCCAGUAAUGGUACAUACGUCAUAGGUGUUCUUCUUGGAUAUGGCGAUGGAACUUUCGCCAACAUAAUAACCUAUUCAGUUGGCAAUAGUCCUAAUCUACAGUCGAUCGCCGUUGGUGACUUUAAUAGCGAUCAUCUGUUGGAUAUGGCCGUCGCUAAUUGGAAGAAGGGUAACGUUGGUAUUCUUCUGGGAACUGUCACUAUAAUUGGCGUGGAAGACACCACAUGGUUCACUGGAUCAGCUGCACACUCCCAAGGUAUCGAUAUCGAUGAUUUGAACAACGAUAAUCGAUCAGAUGUCGUUGUUGCAAAUUAUGGCAUGCAUAAUAUUGCUAUUAUGUUUGGAUAUUCAAACGGAACUUUUCCUAUGCAAGCGACAUUCUCAACUGGUUCUUUAUCUUUUCCAACCUCUGUUGUUGUGGGAGAUUUAAACAGUGAUAAGCAACCGGACAUCGUCGUCGCCAAUUCUGGUAAUGAUAAUGUAGGUAUACUUUUUGGACAGGGAAAUGGUUCAUUUGAUGCAAUAGAUGUAUAUUCUACUGAUAUUGGUUCGAAACCUCAGUCGAUCGCCAUUGGUGAUUUGAAUGGUGAUGGUCGGCUAGAUAUUGUAGUUGCUAGUUACGGCACUAGAAGUGUAGAUGUGCUUUUGAGAUAUGAUGCAGGUACUUUUGGAAGUAUGGUACCGUAUUCUACUGGCGAGAAUUCUAAUACGGAUGCAAUCACCGUUGCUGAUUUGAACAAUGAUGGUAUAUUGGAUAUCGUAGCUGCCAAUAAGGGCACUGGCAACAUAGGCAUUUUUCUUGGUAAAGGCAAUGCAACAUUUUCAAAUCAAACUACUUUUUCAACUGGCACAGAUUCUAGACCAUUUUCGGUGGCCACUGGUGAUUUCAACAACGAUAAUCGAUUGGAUAUUGCCGUCGCAAACUAUUGGAAUAGCAAUGUUGGUAUCCUUCUUGGACAUGGCAAUGGGAGUUUUUCAAGGCAGAUGACCUAUUCAACUGGUACUGACUCUAAUCCAUCGUCGAUCGCCAUAGGUGAUCUAAACAAUGAUCACCAAUUGGACAUUGUCACCGUCUCCUUUACGACAAAUAAUAUCAUUAUUCUCCUCGGCCGUGGCAAUGGCACCUUUGCAAAUCCAGAAAUGUUGUCAAAUGACAGUUAUUCACAACCCUGGUCGGUUACCGUUGGUGAUUUCAACAACGACAGUCGAUUGGACAUCGCUGUCGCAUAUUACGCUACUGGUAAUAUCCUUAUUCUUAUUGGGCAUGGUGACGGCACAUUUUUACAGUCAAGUAGUUAUUCGACAGGGUAUCACUCUCAGCCAUACUGCAUCAUCACUAAUGGUUUCAACAACGAUAAUCAUUUGGACCUGGCUGUUGCAAACUUUGGAACUAACAAUAUUGGUAUUCUUCUAGGAUAUGGAAACGGUAGCUUUGUAACUCAAAAAACGUAUGCAACAGGCACUGAUUCUGAACCACGUUCGCUUACCAGUGGCGAUUUUAACAACGACGGUUUACUGGAUAUAGUUGUCGGAAAUUUUCUUUCUAACAACAUCGGAAUUUUUGUCGGAUUUAAUGAUGGUACUUUUUUCAGUCAGAUAACAUACUCAACUGGCAGCUACUCUUCACCAAGAUCCGUUGUCACUGGCGACUUUAAUAAUGACGGUAGACUAGAUAUUGCUGUUGCCAAUUAUAAUGGUAACAAUUUAGGGGUCUUUCUUGGCUAUAAUGAUACCAAUUUAUUAAGAGUACCUACCAGUUGA